AUGGCUGCCAGCCUGCAACGACUACGUGCCUUUACCACCUGCGACAUCGGCGACGCGCUGGUGAAGCUGAAAUACCCGUUUGGGGGAUUCCUCGACGGGAUCAAGAUGUUUUCGCCCACCGAUGCCACGACGACCGUCUUUGGUCCGGCCGUCACGGUCAAGAUGGUCGAGUCGACACAGAAAGCGGCACCGAGCCCUCCACGCCACUUUGUCGACUGCAACGAGCCCGGCAAGAUCAUGUACAUCCAGCAGCCCCGGGGCGCAUACUCGGCGUGCUGGGGCGGGCUGAUGUCGACGCGGGCCAGGCACAUGGGCGCCGCUGGGGUUGUUAUUGAUGGACGGAUGCGUGAUGUGCGAGAGCACCGCGAGCUGGGGUUUCCAGUCUUCGCCCGAACCACCUCCAUCCUCGGCUCGCACACCUUCACGCGCGCCUCCGAGAUCAACGUCCCGCUCCAGUUCCACGACGACCUGUGGAUCCACCCGGGCGACAUCCUGGCCGGGGAUGUUGACGGGGUGGUCGUCGUGCCGCCGUCGUUGGUGGAGCAGGUCGUCGCGCUGUGUCAGGAGCGGGCCGAGAUCGACGAGAAGACGUUUGCGGCGUUGAGGGCGGGCAAGGAGAUGGGGCCGACGAUCAAGAGGCUGCGGAAGGAGUGA